GGUUUUCUGAUUGACUAAGUCUCUAUGCAGAGGUAUGAUGUCCCAUGUGGUGGAUGAGACAGCAGGAGACCUCCCAGUCAGGGAUGUUGGACUGAUGAAGAGGGGACUUUUAUCAACUGUCCAAGAUACUCAUGAUUUGAAGCUAUGGAAAAAGCAUCAUGUCUUGAAGUCAAAAGAUCCACAGCGCCUGUUUCGAUUUCCCAGAGAGCACCUGGAAGACCUGUGUCUAAGACUGCAAGAGGAAAACAGUGUUCUAAGACAACACACAUGUACACAGGAGCAAAGGCUACGCAGAAUGUCAGCAAGACUGAUGCGUCUUCGGCAGGCACGUCCUGGGUCCAGUGGUGUGAAGGAGAGGGACAUGGAGGACACCAUACAGGAGCUGGAAGCCCAUGUGGCUAUGCUGGAGAGCCAGAAAGGAGUCUUACAGAACAAACUGAGCAUGGCCAGGCAGCACAUCAUGGACCUCCGGGGACGGACACCAUAUAAGUUCAGUAAAGGUAAAAAUAGAGAAAUGGAUGGGGAAGUCAGGAGAGCACCCCAGACUGCUCCACCUCGCUAUGGCCCGAUGUUAGAAGACACCAGAGUGGAAAUGGAGAAAUUCAGGUCCAGUGUGGCUGAGCAAGUCAGGGUUGCAGAGCUGGAGCUGACUGCCCAGGCGCUUCGAGAAACGCUGAGAGAGAAAGAAAAAGAGAUUGAGGAAACCGUGAAAGAUACAAGGAAGCAACAGAUAGAAAGACACAGGUCUUACAAAAGAAUUACUAUUAGAGAGGACGUUGAUCUGAUCCGUCUACAAAAGAAGCUUUCUGACAAGAGUACAGCCCUGAGGGUCACAGAAGAGAAGUUAAACGAACUGCAAGAGGCAUAUGAAAAUCAGCUUGAGGAGAGUCAGAGGUCAUUGAGGGCCAGUCAGGAAGCUCUGUUGGAGAAAGUGGAGGAACUGGCUGAGCAGCUGAAGCAGGAGAGACAGAGAGCACUGGAAUUGGAGGGAGAACUUACCACCUCCACCUUGUCUUUACAAACUAUGGACAAGCUUAAAGAGAGGUUAUCAGACCUGGAGGGAGAGAGGGAUCUCAUAAAAGAAAACUAUGAUACUCUACUGAAGAGAACUUUAGCUGAUCAAAGAAACCAGGGUGACCAGUUGGAAAAAUGUAGUGAAGAUGACCAGAAGAGGGCGACAGAGGGAGAACAAUUCAGCAGCAUUAACAUUCAGAGAUUUGAGGAGAUUCUGCAAGCUGAGAGGGAAGAAAGAGUGAAGCUGAGGCUGGAAAAGGACAAUCUGAGACGGGAGAAGGAUGGACUAGAAGAGCAGAGGGAGCUAGAAAAAGAGUUUUCUGUGAUGGUGAAAGGGAAAAGUGAACAUCUAGAACAAGAGGUUCUCCACUACAAAGAGCAGAUUUAUGCUCUGCAAAAUAGACUAGACUCCGUCACCAAGGAGUUUGACAUGAGUGCGGAGGAGCUUAGCAGUAUUCUUUUGCAGAUCAAGGCAUUUAGGAUGCAGCAGGAGAGCAGAGCGGAGCUUGGUUUUCUCUUGACUGGUCACAAGGUAGAAGAUUCCCUCCAUGAUGUGGCAAUUACUCAGGCCUCCCAUGCUGAGACUGUCCUGGAAUUACAAAAAACUAGAAACCUUCUGCUGAUGGAGCACCGUAUCAGCGAAGAUCUACAGGAGGAGUUGACUUCAGUUAACCAGAAAAUGGAGACAGUGCGGGAAGAGAGCAGGAGGAGGAUGGCAGAAAAAGACAAACUUUUAGGAAAACAAUUGCUUCAGAUCAACAGUUUACAAACUCAGAUGAGAGACUUUGCUUACAGCCCCAAACAGACCAUGCCAACACAGUACACCUGGCUAGCUGGAGACCCAGAGGUGCUGCAGUCACGUGAAGACAAAUCUUUUUCUCAGUUAAGGGCCGGAGAGUCACUGUUGGAGAUCCAUCUGAAGGCAGCAACUUUCACCCCAUCUGGGCUUCGUACGAUGGGAAGAAUCCAUCAAGGAGAGAUGAACGGAGGAGGAGACAUUGUGACCUUUUGCACCUACAGCCUCUUAGACUAUGAGAUGCACUCCACUCCUCUGGUUUCAGGCUGCCAACCAAGCUACAGCUUCACGUCCCGCUAUGCUCUGACGGACCGAGAUGUGGGCAGGCUGGAAGGUUCAAGGGUCAGAGUAGAGCUUCACCAGGCGUUAGGGGGGGUCAGUUUUCUGACACAUGGAAGUGGGCAGUUGUCUCUAAUGGGCACCAAGGAAAGGAGAGGAGAGCGUAUGUGUAGAUCUGUCAACAUUACAGGUUCUGAGGGGGACAUUGUUGGCGUUGUGGAUUUCUGGGUAUGCCUGUUCAAUUCUGCUGAACCCCUCAACCCUUUGAGGGAGAGAGGAGCCGUGCAGAGACCUGUUCAGAUCUCUCUUGGCUGGCAAGGUGCUGCUUACGAGGAGUUAUAUGACUAUGGUGGUGGGAUCCCCAAUGAGUUGGAGAUUAUGUUGGAACGUUGUGUUGGCCUUAGUGCUCGCUGGACAGGACUUCUUCCUGAUUCCUACCUGACCUACAGGUUCUACGACUUGCCGCCUCAUGUCUCGCAAACAAUUAGGUGCACCUCUGAACCGGUGUUCAAUGACGUUGCUAGCUACCCACUAGCAGUUACAACUGAUGUGUUGCACUACCUGAGGUCCAGCAGUUUGUGGGUUUACGUGUUUGAUGACACUGAAGACGAGAUGCCACCGUCCUAUCUUGCCAAGACCCCGAUCCCAUUGCGAAUCCUUGCUUCAGGCCGAGACAUCAGAGGUGACUUUGUCCUGAGAGAUCCAGCUGGAGGAGCUCGGGGCAUGGUCAGAGUCAUGAUAAGAUGGAAGUACCCCAUACAACCAUCUUUGGACGCUGUGCUGAGUAGACAAGAAAGAGAGGACACGUCACAGAGGCCCAUAGCCAAGCCGAGAGUGAAGCCUCAUUUCCUCGGGCCAAUUGAAACAAAAGCAGCACAGGAAGAGACUCAAGCUUUGCCACAGCCUCAACCACCACUGGUCCAACAGAAAAGCUCAGAGUAUAGAAGACGAGAGCAUCCCAUGUCUGUGAUCCCAACAGCAAGUGGCCAGUCCAGGUACAAGAAAAGAUCCACCAAGACAUCACCAAAUAUUUACCAGGGAGUACCCAAUCUGAAACCAGGAAGGAAGUCUUCAGAGGGAACUUCUUCCUCAAUGUCAAGGAGUAGCUCUACAAACGAUGCCAGGGCUCAGGAUCAUUUGUCACUUGAUGAAGAAGAGGAGGAAAAGGAGCAGAGGGAGAGCGUAGCUGCAGAAGAAAGUGACAUCCCAGAGUCUCCUGAGACAAGUUCCUCACAAAGUGACAUCAUCACUACAGCAAAGCCAAAAAUGAAGAAGGGAGAAAGUCUGAGAGUUGAGAUUCUGUCCCUGAUGUUUGAGCCCUCCUCACUUGUGGUGCUGGACAAGUCGGUGCAGCGAGUUUAUGUGGAAUAUCGGCUGCUUGGCAUCCCAAUGGAGACAACUGAGACACCCAUGUCCCUCUGCAAACCAUUAGACGGAAAAGAGAUUCACUACAAUUUUACAAGAGUGAUUUAUGUGGAUGGUUCCGGGUCAGCUCCACUCAGACAGUAUCUCUACACCAUGUUGGAGCGUACUGACCCCAACCAGGGCAGGUUAAAGUUUACAGUAGUCAAUGAGCCGAUGGACGAUGACCAGGAGUGUGUGGAUGUUGGACACGCUUUUCUGGAUUUACCGGAACUGCUCCUGACAGGAAAUGAUGUCAUCAACCAACAAAUAGACAUUGUGAGUGUAGAUGAAGAAAAGGAGGUGAUUGGAAAUCUAAAAGUAUCUCUGGAAGCAGCGAAAGCUCUAACUGGAAUAUACAAGGAGUUUAGUAAGAUCAAAAAAGAAGAUGGGACAAAUGAAGAAGAAAGUGAGGAGCAGAAAAGAGAAGAGGAACAAGAGGAAGAGAAGAAAAAGCACCAGAUCCAAGUGAUGGAUUUUGAUUAUGAUAGUGAAUUCUACUGAAAGCUCUAUCAAGAUCUAUCCUAGUACACGUACACAUCACUUGAUUCUCUAUCAAACUGAUAGGAUAUACAUUCAAAAUUCAAAUGCCUUUUUCUGCUAAAGAACAGGUUUUGAAGGAAUGAUUUCACAUUAGCACCGUGUCCCAUACAUGAAACUCUCUAACCCAAAAAUCUUCAAAACUCAAAUUCAAGAACUUGAAGUGAUUCUAAUUCCCCAGAGGACAUGGGACAAACUGAAAAUAUGUUUGUUCAAAGAAAAAACUCACAAACAUUUCGCAACUGUGUUUAAAAAAUAACAUAAAAGAAAUGUUUGCAUUGCAGUGUUGCAUGAUGAUGAGUUAUCAUCGCAGAAAACAGCAUGUGCUGAUACAUUCAAAUAUCCCAGGUGUAGUGUUUAAUGAUUCAUAAAUGUAAUAGACAAAUAUAGUCGAAUUAGUUUUGUCACUAGAGUUCUUACCAUCAGAAACUUUAACAAAAACAUGCAUAAAAAUUUGUAAAUGUGUGACAUUACCGUUUUUAUUCUAUGACAACAGCCUUUCCAGAUACUAACCCUAACCUCAAUACACAAAGUUCACAAAUGAUACACUUUGGCAACAGUAAGACAGAGAUAAUAUCUAAAGUGUGGAAUUGUUUAUCCAUUAGGGUAAACAGAUUUGAUUGGUGCACACACACCACUAAUCAGGGAUGUCUGUCUGUGAAACUACAAUAUCAGGCCCUGAAAGGUUCUCUUUGCUAACUUGAAGAUAGGGGUCACUCCAAAUGUACUUGAUGUAAUCCUCUGAUACUGUCCUUGGCAAACAUCUUUUAUAUUAUUAUAAGCUGGUAAGCAACCUCUGUUGGUAGAUGAGAACCGUGAUCCAGGCAAACACAAAUCUCAGUGAAUGGUAACAUAAUGGCCUAAAGGGCCUCAAUGCAUUGGAAAAGAGGAAAAGGAAUUAUCUUUGGACAGGGGAAGAAAUAAAAACAAGAAAAAUACUUAAAACAUACAUUGAGAAAAAAAAAACUCAAGGUGCAAACAGAAACAUUACAAGUGAUUGUUGUAAACUUCACUCUUUCCAUUAAUCCACAACAUGGCUACUGAUUGAGGAUUAUAUGGAUGCCAGUGUUAACAGAAGUGGGACGUUAUUAUCUUGUAUUUCUAUCUUCACUGAGUUCCUGGAUUAAGACGUUUUGUUAGUAUUCUUGUGGAUAAUUGCCUCUGUAGCUCUUUCCCAGUUCAGCAAUCUGUGUACAAGAACCUUGUUCUGCUGUUUAAGACAGGGAAAAAUCUCACUUCAAGUAAGCUGAAGAGCAAGGCAAUUGAUUUUUAGAGGCUUAGCAUUUCCAUUCUUAGAAGAUGAAAUGGAACAAAUCUAUACAUAAAUCAUUUUGAUUCAUUAAGUUAAAUAAAGGAUUUUUAAAAAGUUCAAGGGUGCAAUUUUCAUGACAUAUUUAGGUGGGUCUUGAAAAACUAUUUCAAUCAGCAGAGACUUAAGUUAACAACUAUUUAUUUCGCAGUUUAGGAAAAGAUAAAUAUGCAAUGUCUUUAGCGAUUAGACUCUGUCAUGAUUACUUCAUGAGGGGUAGCGAGGCCGAGAGCAGGAUAGGAGGGAUCCCCCACCAAACACUAGUUAGUGGUGAUUGUAAGGAUAUGCAGGCUGUGAUGAGGAGUGGGUUUCAGGGGCUGUCUAUGAACUCAGCUGAGCUGGAUUGGAUGUGACUGGGGCGGAGGAGGGUCGCAGCGAUCGCACUGAAAUGACAGCGGAAGACAGAGAACACAUUUUAAAAUUUGACAGCGGCAUGCCGAUUGGUUGAGAGGGAGUAGCUAAAUUGUGUGAGAGAUUACAACCAGUAUUUCUGCUUGAACUUUACAGUCUAUGGCUGGAACUCAACUGAGCACCAGUAAAACAUUUUGAAUCUUUCCCACCUUGUGUCUUUCUCCUGAUUUGUUCCUGUUCUCCUCACACUUGCAUCACACUGCCUGACUGAAAUGGAAGUCAAAUAAACAAUACAGUGGAAAUAUCAAUAAGUUUUCCUCUGAUUUUGUUGUCUGAUAAAAACGUUUACUCCAGGAUUCUGAUAUCGUGAUAUAAGUACUUCUUAGACUAUAUGCACAAGUAGGCUACUAUGAAGUUCUAUUUGAGUAAUCCACUGUCAGUGUCCCAUAAUGAUAAUGAAUCCCAUUUUUCUGAGUUUGAUGUCUGGAAAAAAAAAAUCUUCCAUAAUAGUUUUACCAGACAUCAAAGUCAGAAGAAUUAUACUUUUAUUGUGUUGUAUAAGGGCCUUU